CUUUUAAAGGUGAACCACCCCUUUAAUAAAAAAAAAAUGUGCAUCUGCAUACAAGUAAAUUCACAGAAAUGACUGUACUCAUGAUGGUCUCAUACAAAUGCAGUGCAAAAGAACAGUGCUUGGAAAAGGGUUUAUUCAAGUUACAAGCCUCUUUUCCCUCAGGCUUCUGUGUUGAUAAAUGGGUGGCGCCAUGUUGCCUGGCUCUUACUAUUGGCUCCUAUACGUUUCUAGUGGCUGUUUCUCCGCUCCACCCCUUUCUUCUCAGCGACAAUAGGAUGUUCCCGGCUGCUUCACCCUAAGGGGGCAAAAUGUGGUGAGUUUAUGGCCGCGCUCUUUGAUCAGCUGGCGGAGGGAUUCGGUGGGAGCUUCCAAACUCACCGUGAGGCGCUGGGAUGUGAGUGAUCUGCUGCUGAUUCGCGGACACAAGAUCCCUGUCACCCAAGGGCGGACACGAGGCAGCAAGUUCUCCUGUUUCAUAGCAGCGAAUUGUGUCAGUCCAGCUGUUCCUAAUAUAGCGCAUAUACUAAGAAUCUAUUCUCUAGACGCUAUCCUCUUGAUUCUCAGCUGGGCGGCAUCAACACUCUAUUGGACAGGGAAAGUCUAGGCUAAUAGGCGAGUAGCUGAGCAACCAAAGGUUACAUUUAGAAGCUGUGUGCUAGCUGAAUCAAUGAAGGAGGAAGCUUAGGUUACAUUUAGAAGCUGUGUGCUAGCUGAAUCAAUGGAGGAGGAAGCUUAAAGUGCAUGGAAUGAACAAUGAGAGGAAAACUUGGAAUUUAAUUGAAGUUUGAAAAUUGUCCUGCACUGUAAAAUAAGAGCUCACAUUCUCCGUGACUCCUGCUCAAGACCCUGGUCCUUGAGUUAAUAUCUUAAUGUUCUACAAAUCCGGGGUUUGCAUAAGUAUUUCUGCAUGGGUUGCUUUUAAGCCUGGCUACAUUCUGUCAGCAUGAAGUGGAUCUGUAGACUCAAUGAAACAGAGAAGUUCUGGGAUCUUAACCAUACUUGGCACACGGAGAAUCCUGAUUUUUCACAGUGCUUUCACAACUCCGUCUUGAAUUGGAUCCCUAGUAUCUUUCUCUUUAUCUGCUCGCCAUUUUAUGUUCUCUACUUACGGCGUCAUGGACGUGGGUAUAUCCGAAUGUCAACCCUCAGCAAAGCAAAAACUUGUCUUGGAGCUUUGCUGGUGUUGGUCUGCUACACUGAACUGUUCUACACUGUCUGGAACAUGACUCAUAAUGUUCGCCAAGCUCCAGUUUUCCUCAUAAGCCCUCUGAUUCUUGGAUCCUCCAUGCUUCUUGCAACGUGUAUGAUCCAGUAUGAACGCAUGCAAGGUGUACGGUCUUCAGCCAUCCUUUUGUUUUUCUGGCUAUUAGCAUUGCUUUGUGCAACUUUUCAGCUACGUACGAAAAUUACCACAGCCAUUUCAGAGGCUCCACAGAUUGACAAACUGCGAUACACCCUUUUUGUCCUAUACUUUGUAUUUGUGUUGACCCAGUCAGUACUCUGCACAUUCAGUGAUGACCCCCCAUUCUUCUCCAACCUAAAGAAGGAAUCGAAUCCAUGCCCUGUAUCUGACGCUUCCUUUCUUUCCAAGGUUACAUUCAGUUGGUUUACAGAAAUAAUGUUUAGAGGCUACAGACAACCUCUGAAGGAUGAAGAUGUAUGGUCCUUGAGGAAAUCCGACACAGCUGAAGAAAUUCUUACCUCAUUCUCAAAAGGAGUACAGAAAGAAUGUAAAAAGGCAAAUCUGUUAGAGGAGCCAACAAGAUUCUCUCCAUCAACCACGGAUAAUGAUAUGUGGAUAUCCCAGACAGAGAAGAGUGAAAUAGAACUCCUUCUGAAAAAUCAGCACAUUCAACUAAGCCAAAAAACCUUAAUGAAAGCCAUCAUGCGAUCCUUUGGCCCAUAUUUCCUCUUGUCAGCUUUACUGAUGACAUUUUACACUGCUUUCCUCUUUAUAAGCCCUCUGCUAGUAAGGUUACUGUUGAACUUGCUAAAGGAUCCUUCUGCCCCAUCAUGGCAAGGCUUUCUAGUUGCCGUUCUCCUGUUCAUUUGUCCAUGCUUUCAGUCUCUUUUCCUUCACCAGCACGAUUAUAUUUGCUAUGUCAUUGGGAUGCGGCUCAGGGCAGCCAUUGUGGGCACUGUCUAUAAAAAGGCUUUGGUAAUCUCUAGUGCUGGACGGAAGGAGUCUUCUGCUGGGGAGAUUGUAAACCUGAUCUCUACAGAUGUGCAGAAGCUCAUGGACUUGUCAACAUGUGUAAAUUAUAUGUGGUCUGCACCUGUUACAAUCAUUGUGGCUAUGUACUUCUUGUGGCAGACUCUGGGCAUAGCAGUUCUUGCUGGUGUGGCUGUGUUCAUAUUGAACCUCCCAUUUAUGACCGCUUUUGGAGUGAUAAUUAAAAGAGUUCAGGAACAACAAAUGAAGCAGAAAGAUGGCCGAAUAAAGAUUAUUUCAGAGAUCCUCCAAGGAAUUAAAGUUCUGAAGCUCUAUGCCUGGGAAAAUGCUUUCAUGAAGAAAGUCACAGAAUUCAGACUACAGGAGUUGAAAGCUGUGAAAACGGGUGCCCUGCUGUUGUCUGGAGCGCUGGCUGUAUUCGUUGCUUCCCCAUUUUGGGUGUCCCUGACCAUGUUUGGAGUUUUCCUGUCAAUAGAUGAGAAGAAUGUUCUGGAUGCAGAGAAAGCAUUUGUCACCAUCAUUUUACUUAAUAUUCUCCGGAUCCCCCUACGCAUGUUCCCGAUGGCUAUCACCCUUUUUGUACAGUCCUCUGUUUCACUGAAACGUAUGGUGAAGUAUUUCUCUGCAGAAGAACUGGAGCCAGAAAGUGUUAACACUGACGAUUCCUUAAGUAAACAUACCAUAACCAUCAGACAUGGUACUUUCACCUGGUCUUCUUCAGAGCCACCUUGUCUUCAAAACAUCAACAUAAGCAUCCCGCAGGGCUCCCUUGUAGCGGUUGUUGGCCAAGUUGGAUGCGGGAAGACCUCCCUACUUUCAGCAUUGCUAGGAGAGAUGGAGAAGGUAGAAGGGCAGGUGACUCUGAAGGGUUCUAUAGCCUAUGUCCCACAACAAACCUGGAUUCCUAAUGCAACAUUCAAGGAAAAUGUCCUCUUUGGAAGGAAAAUGGAAAAAUGUUGGUAUGAUCAAGUUGUUCAAGCUUGUGCAUUGCUGCCAGAUCUAAAGAUUUUAUCAGGAGGUGAAAACACAGAAAUUGGAGAAAAGGGAAUAAACCUGUCAGGGGGACAGAAGCAGAGGAUAAGCAUUGCCCGAGCUGUGUACAGGAACUGUGAUGUCUACUUACUGGAUGAUCCGCUCUCUGCAGUGGAUGCUCAUGUUGGACAACAUCUGUUUGAACAUGUCGUUGGUCCCACUGGUUUGCUCAAGGACAAAACACGGGUUCUUGUCACCCAUGGAGUCAGCUUCCUGCCACAAAUGGACAUGAUUAUUGUUAUAUCUGAUGGGAGAGUGUCAGAGGUGGGCACCUAUAAUGAGUUGCGCCAGAAAAAUGGAGCUUUCUCUGAAUUCCUUAACACGUAUGCACGGAAAUCAUCUGUCUUUGAAGAGUCACAUGAAGAACAAACUCCUCACAGCAUGCAAGGAGCCAUGAAGGGCAAACAUUCAGCACGGAAUGAUAUCGAUAAUGAGAAGGAUGAUGUAGCUAAUGAGCUGGAUGCAGACGCUGGUAAACUGACUGAAGCAGAUGUUGCACUUACUGGCAGGGUCAAACUUUCUGUAUAUUUAGAGUACUGCAAAAUAAUGGGGAAAUGGUAUCUGCUCAUUAGUGCUUUAUGCUUCGUUAUCCAACAAGCGGCCUCAUUAAGCUAUAAUUACUGGAUUGGGUUGUGGGCAGAUGACCCACCAAUAAAUGGAACACAGCAACACACAAGCCUGCGACUGGGAGUCUACAGCUUCCUGGGUGUGAUGCAAGCACUGAGCAUCUUUGCUGCCUCUUCCACUAUUAUAAUAGGUGGAGUGUCUGUUUCUCAGCAGCUCCACUCCCGACUUCUAUACAGCAUCCUAAGGUGCCCACUAAGUUUUUUUGAAAGGACCCCAAGUGGGAAUCUUACAAACAGAUUUGCCAAAGAAAUGGACAUCAUAGAUAACACUGUUCCACAAGUAUUAAUGUUGUUUAUCAUUAUGAUGCUAACUAUACUGGAGAUUCUGCUGGUAAUUGCAAUAGCCACACCUCUUGCUGCUGUAGCAUUCAUACCUUUGGGCUUACUAUACUUCUUCCUACAGAGAUUUUACGUAGCUUCAUCUCGCCAGCUGAAACGCCUUGACUCAGUCAGUAAAUCUCCUCUGUACACCCAUUUCAAUGAAACUCUCCAAGGAGUGUAUGUUAUCAGAGCCUUCGGCGAACAAGACCGCUUCAUUCAAGAUAACAAUUUGCGCCUAAACAUGAACCAGCGGUUUUACUUCUGCAGUUUUGUUGCCAACAGGUGGCUAAGUGUUCGAUGUGAUUUCCUCAGUAACUUCAUCGUUUUUACUGUAGCCAUUGUUGGUGUCCUGUUCAGAGACAGCAUUACCCCUGGACUUGUUGGUCUUGCUGUGGUUAACUCAUUACGGUUAACAGGUGUUUUGAAGGAGGCAGUUCACGUUGCGACUGAUAUGGAAACUAACUCUGUUUCUGUGGAGAGAGUGAAGGAAUAUUGUGAUGCAGAGCCAGAGGCACCUUGGACUUCAGAUAAUGCUUCUGAUCUUUCUGAUUGGCCAAGUAAGGGUAAAAUUGAAUUCCAGAAUUAUGGCCUGAGGUACAGACCGGACCUAGAUUUGGCUUUGAAGAAUGUUACCGCAUCCAUUCAGCAAGGAGAGAAGGUGGGUAUAGUUGGAAGAACUGGAGCUGGAAAGUCAUCACUGACCCUGGGUCUAUUCAGAAUCCUUGAACCUGCAACUGGAAGAGUCUGCAUUGAUGGAAAGGACAUCUCACAACUAGGUCUCCAUGAACUUAGAUCAAAAAUUACCAUCAUCCCUCAGGACCCUGUUUUGUUUUCUGGAACUUUAAGAAUGAACCUGGAUCCAUUCGAUAACUAUUCAGACAACGAUAUUUGGGUGGCUUUGCAGUUGGCCCACUUAAAAGCAUAUGCUUCGGGUCUACCAGAGGGACUCAGUUACAUUUGCACAGAAGGAGGAGAGAACUUAAGUGUUGGCCAAAGGCAGCUUGUGUGUUUAGCUCGAGCUCUACUUCGAAAGACAAAAAUCUUGGUGCUAGAUGAAGCUACAGCAGCUGUGGACCUGGAAACGGAUGAUCUUAUCCAAAACACCAUUAGGAAAGAGUUUGAAGACUGCACCAUUGUAACAAUUGCUCAUCGGCUCAACACCAUUAUGGAUUACACAAGAAUAGUGGUUUUUGACAAGGGAGAAAUUGUGGAGUUUGACACGCCUGUACAGCUACUGGAAAAUAAAGGGCUAUUUUAUUCAAUGGCCAGAGAUGCUAAUAUAAUUUAACAAAAGUGAUGUCUGCACGUCCAAAAAAGAACACCAAAAGAGAGAUCUGUAUUAUUUGACUGUGUGUUUUCUGUGUAAUGCUGCAAGUCUCUGCUAUAGUUUCACUAAUAGAAAUUGACAAAGAAUCAGCAAAGGCGCCACUAAUUAACAGAAAAGCAGAUGCAUUAAUAUUUAUGAAGGAUUCUCUAAGUAAUCAGCAUCUUGUAUGUCUUUUUUCAUGCAUCAGUUGUUAUGCAAAAUCAUAAUCUUCAGUAUUACCUUCAAAAUUUCAGGAGCAGGCGGGGGUAGAAUUAGCUUUGACUUUCUCCCCAAUGCUAUAAGGAGGUGUUCCAAGCCUGAAUUCACCUUUGUAAUGAAGAUUUUGCAUAGAUUUUGCUCAGAUAAUAUGUCUUUAGUAAACAUCCCAUUUAUAGCACUACACUGAAAUGUGUGGGCACCACCUUUAUACUAGGAGAGCGAAUUACGCUGGCAAUAAACAUGGUAAUUAUAUCAGCCAAUAGGUUAGUCAUAACCAAAAAAUGGAUAUUACUGCAUGCGCUGUUUUUUUUUCUUAGGGAAAGGUAUAGAACAAACAAAACUUAACAAACAGAUCUGUCCUUUGUCAACUAAACCACCAUGUGCUUUAUUGCUAAGCUGAUAGUGUAACCUUAAAAUAAAGAGGCUGAUUUAUUAAUGAUCAGUACAUUUUCCUGACAGUCAGAAAAGUUUUGAACUGUAAAAAAAAUACUAAAUUGCUAAGGAUUCCACAGUUUGAGCUUUAAUAUAGCUGCAUCAACAUUAGUAUAGCACUUUACAUGUCUAAGAUAAUGUAACAAAAAUAGUUUUCUUUCAAAGAAAUAUACCUUUGUGUAUGCUCUGUUGUAAUUUCCCCAUAUGAUAUCACAUUUUCAUCAUUAUAUAGCACCAGGAUAUGAGGAACAGAGGAGGAUCUAUCACGCUGUAACAGGGAAUGUCAAAGACAAGGGGGAGCUCAAGAGAAAUAAUGUAAUUCAGAAUGACACAGCUGUGAAAGGAGAAGAGGCAUAGGAGCCAGAAACAUUGUAUAGGGGCAUAUAUUGUAAAUGUACAUUUGGAGGUAUAAAGAAGGACUGAUAAUAUUAAAGGGCAU